AGAUAAAAUAUGAGUGCAUUUGUAUCUACCGGUAGUUAACGCGUGAGUUUGCAUCAUGUGACAAAAUCUUAUAAAUAUUAAAGCACAUGGUUAACAUAACUGCGUUUAAAUACCUCAAAUGCUUUUUUUUCUUUACACUCGGAAUAGUUUAUGAGGAAGAGAUAUAUUCACUGUAGUAAACCAUAUAAAGUAGUAACAUCAUGUAGUAAUGUGCAAACUGAAAGUAGAAAAGCUGACGAAAACAUAAAUAGAAGUAAUAUUGUUUUCAUUUAUAGUUUUAACGGAAUUGAACAAACUUGUUAAUUUUAAACAAUGGAUUUAAAAAGGAAAGCGUCAAUGGUUACGCCAUUCUCCACCAGAAAGGGUCAGAAAGUACUGACGAUGCUGAAAAAGAACCUAUUGGUGCUUCUCCUCAUAGUGGCGCUUGCAUUAGGGCUAGGACUAGGGGCCGGCCUGCGGACUAGGGAACCCAGAUUCUCCAAACGGGAAAUCAUGUACCUCCGGUUCCCGGGCGACAUACUGAUGAACAUGCUCACGUUUCUUAUCGUUCCCCUCGUGAUCUCGAGCCUCGUUUCCGGGCUCGCGUCCCUGGACACUCGGACUUCCGGUAGGAUUGGUCUGCGCGCCAUCGUGUAUUACCUGACGACAACCUUGAUGGCCGUGGUACUCGGCAUCGUGUUGACCGUGAGUAUCCAACCCGGAAUCAGGGGCGGCAAGUCGGAAGUUCCAACGGACACUACUAGCAGAGUCGUAAACACAGCGGACACAUUCCUAGAUCUGAUCAGGCAAAGUUUCCCGGACAACCUUGUCGAGAUGUGCUUCAAAAAGCCAGUAACAUUACAGAUACCUCGAAAUUCGUCGUCAGAUGAGAACGGAACACUUUCGCCAACAACAUCAAAUGAUAAAAACUCAGAUGCAGCAAACCAAACUAUUUACGAUCCUUUGGUAACGAAGGUGGACGGGAUGAAUGUCUUGGGUAUGGUAGUGUUUUCCAUCAUAUUUGGAAUCGUUGUCGGCCGGAUGGGCGACCGUGGACGACCUAUAGCUGAACUCUUUGCAUCUCUCUGCGAGGCGACAAUGCAGCUGGUCAACUUAGUCAUCUGGUAUUCGCCAGUAGGCAUCAUGUUCUUGAUCUCCGCCAAGGUGGUCGAGAUAGAUGACCUUGACCGGACCUUCCGGCAGCUCGGAUACUACUUCCUGACAGUCAUGGCCGGGCUCGCGCUGCACGCCUUUGUCACACUUCCUCUCGUGUACUUCCUAGUUGUGCGAAGAAACCCCUUCCGGUACCUCGUGCGGCUCGUGGAACCGCUGCUUACCGCACUAGCAACGUCGUCAAGUUCGGCAACGAUGCCAGUUACAAUGCGGUGUCUUGAAGAAAAUCUCGGUAUCGACAAGCGAGUCGUCAAGUUCGUUAUUCCCGUUGGGGCCACAGUGAACAUGGAUGGAACAGCCUUGUAUGAGGCCGUGGCUGUUCUUUUUAUUGGUCAAAUGCGGGGCGCAGACUUGAACUUUGGCAAUAUUGUUACUAUUAGUCUGACGGCCACAGCGGCCGCCAUCGGUGCUGCCGGCGUUCCUCAGGCCGGACUCGUUACCAUGGUGAUCGUUCUGUCGGCUGUCGGCUUUCCGUCGGAUGACGUUGCCCUCAUCCUAGCGGUGGAUUGGCUCUUAGACCGUUUUCGGACGGCGGUCAACGUGUUGGGAGAUAUGUUUGGUGCCGGCAUAGUCCACCAUCUCUCGAAGAGAGACCUGGAAACCAACCACGACGUUCCGGGAGGUAGCGGAGACUCUUCCCAUGACGUCAGCGAGUCACACCCGCUUCUCUCUGACGGAAGCGAUCGAAGAAGAUAUAGAUCGUCUGAAGAAUCGAACACCGCUGUCGGGGAACACCAGUCGGAAAUUUGAGACAUGGACGUCAGAACCCUCUUCCUCCUAAUCCUCCUCCUCAUCCUCCCCAUCAUCAUCAUCAUCAUCAUCAUCAUCAUCAUUCCCAUUUCGAAUCCAGGCGACAUAAGGUUGUUUUUUUUAACUAUUUUUCUUAAUAUAAAAAUUAGGUAAGUCUAUUAAAAAAAGACUUGGAAGCACACGGGUUCAAAUCCCGGCGACAUAAGAGUUUUGGUUUCAACCUUUUUUUCUUAAUAUAAAAAUUAGUUCAGACUUUUAAAAACAAUUAAGACUUGGAAGAACACGGGUUCGAAUACCGGCGACAUAAGGGUUUUGUUUUCAACCUUUUUUCUUUCUAUAAAAUUAGUUAAGCAUUUUAAAAAUAUAAAAGUUUUGGAAGCAAUCACGGUUAAUGACAUUUGAAAAAUACCAAAAUCUGUGAAAAAUUCUCUUAAACACGCGAAUGGGAACGAGAUUUUUAUUUAAUUAUCGUAGUUCCACAACUUGCUUAAAAGAUGACAUUAAGUCAACAAAUAUGUUCCUAACAUUUUAGCUAACUUUUUGCAAACUUAGUUAUGUGCUUGUAACAAGGUGAAUCUCGUCGUAUUCAAUGUUGUGAUAACAUACUUUUUCAAUGUACAGUCAGUCACCCAGUUUAGAAUCACCUGGCAAAAAACGUUAAUUCGUUUGGCCACAAUAAUUUAUUUCGGGAUUUAGUGUCAAUGUGAGAAGAUGUAAACAUAUAAGUUAACAUUUAUUUUGUAUGAUAACAGGUUAGGCAAGACGGCAUAUGCAGUUUUUUGUCAAAAAUAGCCAAUUUAAUUUCACCCUUCGGAAAAUUAUUAAAAAAUCAUUCAACUUACAAAAUUAGUAUUUCAAAACAUUGUCAUGGCAUUUGUUUUCAAUCAGCAAAAAGUUUAUUUGAAAAUAAUAAAGCCUUCUAUAGCCAUAUGCACAUUUAACAACAUAACUCACUCAAUCAGUUCCGGUUAACUUUUUGCCGCAUUUAUCUCCCCUGUAAGCAUAAUACAAAAGCUUUCUUGCUAAAACUUUGUUAAUUGAUUCAUUUACCUAAUGUAUACCUUAGACACUUAUUAUUUUGUUUUUAUUGGGGCAUUAUUGAAAAUUAAAUACAAAUUAAUCGGAACUGCUGAUUAUCCGGAACUGGUUGACACACUGUAUUUAAUAAUGGGGUAAGUUACUUUAAAAUAGUUUUAACGGAUAAAUGUCUUGUUUCUUGCAGAAGACUGGCGAGUGCUGUAAUAUCGUUAAACUUUGUGACGGCAAACAUAUACCUUGCGAUUUUGUGUGGCAAUAUUGGGUGUCAAAUCAAAGUAUUUUGAUAGUAAUCUGCAAAUUAUGUUGCACAUAAUUUGAAAUUACAUGUAUUUGAAUAAUUUACAUAAAUAUGAAAAACUUAGAAUGUGCGCUCCAAAAUACAGCGUGACUGUAAUUUUUUGCGUAAGUAACUCUGUCGGUAAAUAUAACAACAACAACAACAACAACAGCAACAACAAAUUGUUCCUUUUUGCCAUUGUGUACACACCGGCCAUACUGACAAUAACGUAGUGACGUCACCAUCUAUGUAUAGAAUGCCUUUCUGCUUAAAUGAAAAUGACGCGAUCGUAACAGUAUAAUGAGAAGUUACGAACAAAACAAGAAAAACUAAGAUAUAAUUUUGACCAUAUGUUCCAAAUGAAAGGUCGUUCAGUCUCGUAAAUAAUAAUGAUGUAAUGAUGUUAAUUACCACCUAGUACAAAUAUAUCAAAGGGCCCUAUGCUAGUUAUGAGAAAUACAUACUACAUCAUAAUUUCAAUAAACAAACAACGAACAGA